CACUGGGGUGGCUGGGACCGUUAGCUCGCCAGGCUGGCAGGCUCCGGGGCCCAGCUCCGCCGGCCACCGGGAUGGAGACGAUGCGAGCACAGCGGCUGCAGCCCGGUGUAGGUGUCGGCGGGAGAGGCACUUUGCGAGCGCUGCGGCCCGGGGUGACCGGGGCCCCGACUAGCGCCGCCACACCCCCCGUGGGCCCGCCGCCCGCCCCGCCGCCCCCCGCCCCGCCCCCGCCUCCGCUGCUUCUGGCUGGGGCCCCCGGGCUGCCCCUGCCCCCCGGCGCCGCGGGGAGCCCUGCGGUGCUGCGCGAGGCUGUGGAGGCGGUGGUGAGGAGCUUCGCCAAGCACACGCAGGGCUACGGUCGAGUGAAUGUGGUGGAGGCCCUUCAGGAAUUCUGGCAGAUGAAACAGUCUCGGGGUGCUGACUUGAAGAACGGGGCUCUGGUGGUGUACGAGAUGGUCCCCUCCAACAGUCCUCCCUACGUCUGCUAUGUCACUCUGCCUGGGGGGAGCUGCUUCGGGAGUUUCCAGUUUUGUCCCACAAAAGCUGAGGCCCGGCGAAGUGCUGCAAAGAUUGCAUUAAUGAACUCUGUGUUUAAUGAGCAUCCAUCCCGAAGAAUUACUGAUGAGUUUAUUGAGAAGAGUGUCUCAGAGGCCCUGGCAUCUUUCAAUGGUAACAGAGAGGAAGCUGACAACCCAAAUACGGGGAUUGGUGCCUUUCGAUUCAUGUUGGAAUCUAAUAAGGGCAAGUCAAUGCUGGAGUUCCAGGAGCUGAUGACAGUUUUUCAGCUACUGCACUGGAAUGGCAGCCUUAAGGCCAUGAGGGAAAGACAGUGCUCUCGACAGGAGGUGUUGGCUCAUUAUUCACAUCGGGCCCUGGAUGAUGAUAUUCGCCACCAAAUGGCUUUGGACUGGGUGAGCCGGGAGCAGAGUGUGCCAGGGGCACUGUCAAGAGAGCUGGCUUCCACUGAACGGGAGCUCGAUGAAGCCCGGCUGGCGGGCAAGGAGCUGCGCUUCCACAAGGAGAAGAAAGAUAUUCUCAUGCUGGCUGCUGGGCAGUUGGGCAAUAUGCAUUCUUCCAGCUGCUAAGCAUCUACCCUCUACUCGCCAUGGCUCUUCAGGCCCCUUUUUUCAGCAGACAGGUACGUGAUGACUCAGCAGUCUGAGGCAGUAUUGCUGUGAAUGUGAGGCCAGCCUGGACUACAUAGUAAGUUCCAGGUCAGCAUGGGCUGCAGUGUGUAAGAUCCUGUUUCAGACCCCUCUCCUCCCACACAUAAAACCACCCAUAUUCUUGGUUUCUACUAGACGAAAACAGGGUGGGAGCGUCAGGUUUUGGUUUGAAGUGACCGUCCGAUACACCCCCCUGCUCACUUUCCCUCUUCCUUGCCUCUAAGUGCUCCUUCAUUUGGGGGCUUCCCUACCUUAUCCAGAAGGAGAUCUGGCUUCCUUUUGUUUUGUGAGACAUCUUAUCAUGGCCUGGAACUCAUCCUAUAGAUUAGGAGGGCUUCAUGCUUGUGGUUGUAUCCUGCUGAAAUCAUAGGCAUGGGUCACAAUGCCUGGCCUGUUCUUAAAGUCACUCAUGAGAAACUGCCUAAGAACAAGAGAAUGAUACACUCAAUUCCUAUGGGGUGGGUCGGUGGCACUACCUGGGCUGCUUCUGAGCUUACCUACCCCUGCUAGCAGUCUAGCUUUCUGGAUGUGAGAAGAGGGUAAGGGCUGAGGCUGACACUGGCACACGCACGUGUGAGCACACUUUUUUCCAUUUGUUCACGUAGCCCAGGCUGGUCUCAAACUUUUCUUCUGGCCGAGAAUGACCCUGAACUUCAGACCUCCUGCAUCAGCCUCUCACUAGGAUUACAGUGACUACCACCUCAGCUGCCUUAAUCCUUCCUUCAGUGACAAGAAACAUCUUGUUCUUUAGAAACGGUAGCUGUUCUGUUUAGUGAGAACCAUGUUCCUCUCUUGUCCACUGAGCUGUGCUGUUUAACUCUUGAAUUUGUGGAGAAUUUUAUGUAGUAAGCUCAAUUUCCCUUCUUUCUGUGGUCUCUGCUACAUUGUAUUAUUGUUCAGUGCACUUUCUAUCAAGUUGGGACAGUUAAUGCUACUAUAAUGCGACUUCCCAUGUGACAAUUGCAGUUUGAUUUUAGGUUAGAAGCUGGGUUUGGUGGUGCAGGUCUGCAAUCUCAGCUACAAAGGAGGCUAAGGCAAGAUUGGAAAUUCAAGGUCUACCCCAGCUAGAGCUAGUUCAGGGGCAACCUGGGUAACUUAGCAAGACUCUAUCUCAAAAAUAAGAAGUAAAAACAGGACUGGGGAUAUAGCUUAGUGGAAGAGAGUCAGCCUGGCAUGUGAAGCCUGAAUUUAAUCUCUACUGCAAAAAGGGGAGGGGAGGGAAGGAGACACUUGGCAGGAAGAGGGAGGGAGGGGAGCAGAGUUAAUCACUGCUCACUGGGUCGUAACAAGGUGAAAAGCAGCUUGCUUGCUUGCUUGCUUUUGAAAUCAUCUUUGUGACAAGGACACAUGGGAUCAGGAUAGAGUGUCUAGUUAAAAUAGUGUCACUGCUUAGAAAGGGGUGUUUGGAUUCCUUUAGUUAGCUUAGCCCUGUCUCUUGUUUCAUAAAACACACUGGGUUAGAAUAGAGGCUCCUGCAUUACAUGGUUUGUGUCACUGUUUUUUGUUGUUGGUUUUUGUUUUGUUUUGUUUUGUUUUGAGACAGGGUUUCUCUGUAUAG